UCUAAAAUGAGAAAUUUAUUAAAUAAUAUCAAUGAGUGAUUGAUAAUCUUGCCGGCACUGAACAUGACACGUGUUGCGCGUAUAAGAUUUUUUAUAUAUUUUCGAAACAUUAAAACUGUGUAUGAUCUUGCAUAAGACCUUCUAAUACGUAAGACAUAUAUUUGAAGUGUUCAAAAGUGUUUGAAAUCGUCGUUUUAAAAGCAGCUUUUAGCGUCAUGUCAUAAGUUGUGUCUACAGAAUCUGGAUAGUAGCCCAAUAAAUAGCCCAACAAAUGAUUUGCAUCUGGCAUAUCGCAAAUAAACCAUUAAUCUAUUUAUUGACAUUCAAUAAACAGGUCAUCGUGUAUGACGCAAGUUGUUAUGCACUUUACGUUCGGCGCGAUUAAAGCGUAUUCGGCUCCUCUUCUCAUUAAUGACGACAAUGAAGACAAGUUGAAAUUGACUCAAGAAUGAGCUUUGAAAAUAAAAGUGAAGUAAUACAAGAAGACACGCCUAAUAUGUUCCUACAAGACAUUCAACGAUAUUAUACGCCGAUUCUCGUACAUUUCGGUUUGCUGGGCAACUGUUUAUCCGUAUGUGUGUUCUUCGGUACGAAGCUACGUUAUUUUUCAUCUAGUAUUUAUUUGGGCGCGCUGGCAAUAAGUGACACCAUCUUCUUAGUGACGAUUUUUGUAGUCUGGCUUAAUAUGGUGCAAAUAGAUCUGUUCAAUCGGUGGGGUUUCUGCCAGUUUUUCAUUUAUCUCAGCACUCUCUGCAGCUUCCUCAGCGUGUGGCUUAUAGUAGCUUUUACCGUCGAAAGAUACGUGGCAGUCAGAUGGCCGCUUCGUCGUCAAUCUUUAUGUACGGCCACCCGAGCAAAAGCUGUAGUGAUCAGCCUGACAGUAUUAGCGAUUCCGGUGUGCAGUCCGGUAGUUCUGUUUUCUACGUCUAAUGAGAACACGACUGGCUGUGAAUUGGACAAUGAUUGGGAAACCUGGGCAAAUGCCUACAAUACCUUCGAUACAAUCAUGACGUUUGCCUUGCCCCUGACUAUGAUAGUAAUCUUUAAUACCCUAAUAGCGCGCAAUAUUUACAAGCUCGACCAUGUUCGACGAACUUUGACUAUAGAAUCCAACGCUUCCAAUGAUAAAGCUCAGACUCUUCGAGAUAGAAUGCCACAGACUAAAGUUACGAAAAUGCUUCUGCUCGUUUCGAGCACAUUCUUCUGUCUCAAUAUGCCAUCGUUCGUUCUCAGAGUGAUCGCUUUUCUUUACGAAUAUCACAAAUCACCAACAUGGCUCACUCCAGCGCAGCAAAUGUGCAAUUUAUUGUUCAACACGAGCUUCGGAAUAAAUUUUGUUUUUUAUUGCGCGAAUGGGCAGAAUUUUCGCAGAGCAAUGGUUCGCAUGUUUAUAAAACGUCCAAAUACUAGAAGAAACGGAACUCUUAUACAGAUGGCGAGUCAUGGAAAGCAGUAUGUUUCAGAAUUCACGCAUAGGUGCAAUUCGACCAAACAAUCAGAGCAAAAUCAAUUUGACAAUGCGCAACAAAAAAAUUGUCAAGAAAUGCAAAAGCUCACAAUAAAUAAAAGAUUAUGAUAUAGUGAAAAAUUCUUUUCAUUAUAAUUAAUUGAAUAAACUAUGUGUUAAAAGUGGGUAGUUAAAAAUUGAUAUAUUAUAGUGCAUAGAUAUACACAGUAUUGUAAUACACAAAGAACAAAUUACUUACCAGCCUCAAGUUCUGUAGCUGAAAGCGGGCCCACAUUUCCGAAAAAGCGUUGAUCCAACAAUUGAAGAAGUUGCAAUGCUGCAUCGUGAACCGGAGCGCGGGGACAUCCUGUAUUCAUCAAUGUGACAUUGAUGACACUGGUGUAGUGAUCGCAAGGAUAUUCCCUGAAAAAGACAAAAUCAUUAAUGUAUUUACAAUGAUUUAUUGAGUCUUAUUACUAUAUCAUGAUUAUACCAACGUUUUCAUUGAUAUAAAUAUGUCUGAUACUAUUUAUUUGCUAUAUAUAUAAAUUUUCUAACUCAUACCUGGCGCUGAAAAUUGUUGCCAAAGCGAGAAAACAACCGUCGGCUACUUGCGGAGCACCAGUAUAACAUCGAUCCACCACCCAAUCCAAAAGCGUACCAAUAUCCGGAUUUCCCUCGAGCAAUAAUACGACAGUUUCACGUGCAAGUGCAUAAAUCUGCAACAAAGAUAUGGCAUUAGAUACAAUAGAAUAUGGAAUAUUAAUUCAGUCAGAAUUUAAUGCAAAGAAAGAUAUAUAUGGAAAAAAAAAUAAUUAAUUCACCUUUUCAUCUUUGCUGGCUAAUAAUGAGUCUAACCAUUGAUAUAAAAUGGCACCCUCUUCCGAAAGUGAUUGAGGAUUGAAGCAUGAUCCACAACAGAGUAAUCCACUCAUAGCUUGCAAGGCUGAGAGUUGCAAUUCCGUGCAAGAUUUUUCUUCCUCUUGCAUAGAUGAUGUACUUGUAAGCGGUUUACCAUAAACACCGGCCCAACUAGCAAAGAGCA